GGGACAUCGUUUCUCUUAUUCCCAACGGUCAUCUCCAGCUCCCCCAUACCCCGGCUGGUCGUCGCCAUGCGCAUCUCUGCGUUCCCCGUCGUUCUUUCUCUCGCCCUCUAUGCUUCGGCUCGCCACAACCACUUCGCGGCAGCGCGGAAUGUCCGGCGGGAUGACCCAGACGCCAGCGGCUACGCCUCACAACCGAUCUCGCAAGGAGACGCAGACAAUGGAUAUGCGGGAUUGCCAGCAGUAGCGAACGCGGACACGAUCAUGGAGUUUCCGUUGUCGGUCACGGACGGUGCCACUAUACCCGUGUACGUAUCAUCCGGGAAGGACGACGCAAACAUCACCCGGGCCGUCAUCGUACCUCCAGGAAAGCUACGAGACAACUGGUAUUACUUCUGGGUCAUGGACAAGGCCUUGUACCAGGCUGCGGCGACGUACGAGGAUGUUGACUACCAGUCCAUCGCCAUCAUGGCUCCAGCUCUCUUCAACGAGAAAGACAUCAAGGCUGGCGCGGGUACCAACACCACCCUGAUCUUCAACGGGACAACGUGGAUGUCCGGCCACAACAGCAUCGGGCCAGGGUCCAAUACGAACGUCAGCUCUUACGACGUUGUUGACGACCUCCUUGAUUACUACUUGGACAAGAAGCGCUUCCCCAAGCUUGAUAAAGUCGUUCUCGCGGGUCACUCUGCCGGCGCGCAGUUCGGCCAACGCUACGCUGCGCUUCGCAAGAGUCGCAGUCACAACGCGCGCAUCGCGUACUGGCUCGCUAACCCUGGCUCCCUGCUCUGGCUCACGGAAGAUCGCCCGCUGCCCGAUGAUAACUGCACGAAUGUUGACCGCUGGAAGUAUGGGCUCUCGGACGGCCUCCCGGCGUACGGCGCCUACGCGUACAAGCACUACCAGCGCGACGGCAUCGUCGAGCGCUACAACUCGCACUACAUCCACUACGCAUGGGGCACCGCCGAUGACGGCCCCGGCGACACGCGCUGUCAGGCUAAGACCCAGGGCCUGACGCACUACCAGCGCGGCCUCAACUUCAUCAACAUGCUACAGGGCCUGAACGGUGGGAAACUGCCCGAGAACCAGACGGUGGACUGGGUGGAGGGCGUCUCGCACGACGGCGAGGGCAUGACGAGGAGCGAGCAGGGGAUGACUAGGCUGCGGGCUUUUUGCACCCUCGCAUGUUCAUUCGGGGGUCGUUCUCACGGUCGGAUGGCCUUGAGACGCGCGGCGCUCCUCGCUGGCGCGUAGGCGCCUCCUUCUUGUCAGCUUGGCGGGGUUGCUUGACCGUUCUUCUCAUUGUCAUUUUUAUAUCCCUCCUCGCUCGCUGGGACUGUCGAUCGUUGCUUCGCCUUACUGACAACUCUACAGCUCUUCCGCAACGCCACCUACCAGCGCCAACUGGACGGCGGCAAUAACGGCGCCUCCGCAUCCGUAUCCUCCGCGCACGGGCUGUUGCUCGGCGCUGCGGCGACCCUGUUCUCGCUUUCCUUCGCGUUAUAGGGGACUGCGUGCCUUGAGGCGAGGGGCUUG